CUCCUCCCCUCCCCCUCAGCUGUGUGACUGUGUCUCUGGCGGUGUCAAUGGCUCCUCCUGCCGCGGACAGACGGGGCUUACGGGAGGGGAUCUUUUCGGGGCUCCAGACACCGGAGUGACGGGGAGGGGGUUUGUGGACAGCGAGGAGGAGCCGACGAAGAAAGCAGCAGCAGCGGCGGCUGGACUGUGAAGCAACCGCAGGUCGCGCACUCUCACUCGGCAACCGAACACAGGGGCGAGCCCAGCUCUGCGAGCAGCCAGGAGCCCGGCCCUCCUCCCCCCGACAGUCAGCAAAUGAACUCGGUCAGAGCAGCGAACAGGAGACCCAGGCGAGUGUCGAGGCCGCGCCCGGUGCAGCCGGAGAGAAACAACGCCGGGGAGCGGGAUGAAGUGCCUGCAGACAUGGUUGCAGAAGAAUCAGGUCCUGGUGCACAGAAUAGUCCAUAUCAACUUCGCAGAAAAACUCUCGUCCCUAAAAGAACAGCCUGUCCAACAAAAAACAGUAUGGAGGGUGCUUCAACGUCGACAACUGAAAACUUUGGCCAUAGAGCAAAACGUGCAAGAGUGUCUGGGAAAUCCCAAGAUUUGCCCGCCGCGCCAGCAGAACAGUAUCUUCAAGAAAAGCUGCCAGAUGAGGUGGUAUUGAAGAUCUUCUCUUACCUCCUGGAGCAGGACCUCUGUAGAGCGGCUUGUGUGUGCAAGCGAUUUAGUGAACUCGCUAAUGAUCCUAUUUUAUGGAAACGAUUAUAUAUGGAAGUGUUUGAGUAUACACGCCCCAUGAUGCACCCUGAACCUGGCAAAUUCUAUCAGAUUAACCCUGAGGAAUAUGAGCAUCCAAACCCAUGGAAGGAGAGCUUCCAGCAGCUGUAUAAAGGAGCACAUGUUAAACCAGGUUUUGCAGAACAUUUUUACAGCAACCCAACCAGAUAUAAAGGCAGGGAAAAUAUGUUGUAUUAUGAUACAAUUGAAGAUGCAUUAGGUGGUGUACAAGAAGCUCACUUUGAUGGACUCAUUUUUGUCCAUUCUGGCAUCUACACCGAUGAAUGGAUCUACAUAGAGUCUCCAAUUACUAUGAUCGGUGCAGCACCAGGAAAAGUUGCGGACAAAGUGAUCAUUGAAAACACUAGAGACUCCACGUUUGUCUUCAUGGAAGGCUCAGAAGAUGCGUACGUUGGGUAUAUGACAAUCAGGUUUAACCCUGAUGACAAAUCUGCCCAGCACCACAACGCCCACCAUUGUUUAGAGAUCACAGUAAAUUGCAGUCCGGUCAUCGAUCACUGUAUCAUCCGCAGCACUUGCACAGUCGGCUCAGCAGUAUGUGUGAGUGGUCAGGGUGCUUGUCCCACCAUCAAACACUGUAACAUCAGUGACUGCGAAAAUGUAGGACUCUAUAUCACGGACCACGCAGAGGGGAUUUAUGAAGACAAUGAGAUCUCCAAUAACGCUCUAGCUGGGAUAUGGGUUAAAAAUCAUGGCAACCCAAUCAUUAGGAGAAACCAUAUUCACCACGGCCGGGAUGUUGGCGUGUUCACGUUUGACCAUGGCAUGGGCUACUUUGAAAGCUGCAUCAUACAUAGAAAUCGAAUAGCCGGCUUUGAAGUAAAAGCCUAUGCCAAUCCCACAGUGGUCAGAUGUGAAAUCCACCACGGCCAGACUGGAGGAAUUUACGUCCACGAAAAAGGGAGAGGGCAGUUCCUGGAGAAUAAAAUCUAUGCAAACAAUUUUGCUGGUGUUUGGAUUACCUCAAAUAGUGACCCAACCAUACGGGGAAAUGCAAUUUUUAAUGGACACCAAGGUGGAGUGUAUAUCUUUGGUGACGGAAGAGGCCUUAUAGAAGAAAAUGACAUAUAUGGCAACGCUUUAGCGGGCAUUCAGAUCCGCACAAACAGCUGCCCUAUUGUCAGACACAACAAAAUACAUGACGGUCAGCAUGGCGGCAUUUAUGUGCAUGAAAAAGGGCAGGGCGUCAUUGAAGAGAAUGAAGUGUAUAGCAACACCUUGGCUGGUGUUUGGGUGACAACAGGAAGUACUCCGGUGCUGCGGAGGAACAGGAUACACAGCGGAAAACAGGUUGGAGUAUACUUCUACGACAAUGGCCAUGGAGUACUAGAAGACAAUGACAUCUAUAACCACAUGUAUUCUGGUGUUCAGAUACGAACUGGAAGCAACCCUAAAAUUAGACGAAACAAGAUCUGGGGAGGUCAGAAUGGCGGGAUACUAGUCUACAAUUCUGGGCUUGGAUUUAUUGAGGACAAUGAGAUUUUUGACAAUGCAAUGGCUGGAGUUUGGAUCAAAACAGAUAGCAACCCAACGUUACGACGAAACAAAAUCCACGAUGGACGAGAUGGCGGCAUCUGUAUAUUUAACGGGGGCAGAGGGUUGCUCGAGGAAAAUGACAUCUUCAGGAAUGCUCAAGCCGGCGUGCUAAUUAGCACCAACAGUCACCCUGUCUUACGGAAAAACCGGAUAUUUGAUGGAUUUGCUGCAGGUAUUGAAAUUACAAACCAUGCGACCGCGACCCUAGAAGGCAAUCAGAUAUUCAACAACCGAUUUGGAGGGCUAUUUCUGGCAUCUGGUGUUAACGUUACUAUGAAAGAUAAUAAAAUAAUGAACAAUCAAGAUGCCAUAGAAAAAGCAGUCAAUAGAGGCCAGUGUCUAUAUAAGAUAUCAAGUUACACCAGCUACCCCAUGCAUGACUUUUACAGAUGUCACACCUGUAACACCACAGACCGCAACGCCAUCUGUGUGAACUGCAUUAAGAAAUGUCACCAAGGCCAUGAUGUAGAGUUUAUUAGACACGAUCGGUUCUUCUGUGACUGUGGUGCCGGAACACUGUCUAAUCCUUGCACAUUAGCAGGAGAGCCCACACAUGACACAGAUACAUUAUAUGACUCUGCUCCUCCUAUAGAAUCUAAUACUUUGCAACACAACUGAACUUAAGAAGGGGAAGUCCUGCCAUUGUAACAGAUAUGUUUAAAGGUUUUUUUUUUUUUUCUUUUGGAAAAAUUUACAAAAAAGAAGAAAGCUGAACAAAAAAAUUGCCCAUUUCUGGAAACCAGUUGAUGUGAUGAUAUUCAACCUGCCAAAAAAAAAAGGAAGCAGAGCUGGAGGAGGCAAUAUGUUGUUGACUCAGGAUCUAAGGAGGAACUGGGCAUUUUUUUUUUUAAGCAUUACUCAGACUUUCAGAAGGACAGAAGUGAAGAGAAAGAAGCUACUGUUUGUAUAGAGGCAGUCUCCUGCUGGUGGUUUUACUCCUGGCGGACAGCCUAAUGUGCAGUAGUCCUAUUCUGUAGACAGGCAGCAGUUGUUGUUGCUGCUGUACACACGGACAUGGGUACCAAUUGCUUUUGUAACAUGGUAAAAUGUGAGCUAGCACUUCUGCAUUUCUUUUGAUUUUUUUUUUAACACGUAUUCAGAUUGAAAUAUUUUAAUGCUUUAAUCUCAUGUAGUUUUUUUUAUUUAAUUUCAAGCAAAGUUUAUUGUACUUGAAAGUGUCCUGUUUUGUUAGCACACCAUAGCAUUGCUGUAAACUGUACUCAUGUCCCAGUAUCUAUGUUCUUUCUAUGAAAGAGGAAAACACUAAUCUUAAUCCAGCAAUUUUUCUGGUAUCCUUUUGGAAAAGUUAGAAUGUUGUUUCCUUUCCUCUCGUACCUUCCCCUGCAACAGUUUUCAUGUCCAUAUCUCCUCCCCCCAAGCCGAGGACAGUCGUGAGGAGUCUCUGAAGCUCCACGUUUAAGCUUCUAUCACUCCCUAGGAAGUGGCAGGUGUUGACUUUGGUUGAAAGUUUACUGUAGUCUCCUCCGAGCGCUCCUGUAUGUUACUGUUCAUUUUUUGUUUGAACAGCCUGGAACUUGUACACUGCUGGAAAUUGUGAGAUUUCCUGCUUUAUGAAGCUGAGACAAGCAUAUAUAAAGUUUCAUAGCUUUUUAUUUUUUGUUUCUCUCCCCAUUUAUAUGUAUUGGUGACAG